AUGUCAAUAGCUAGUAAAGAAGAAGCAGCAAAGAUAUUUGAAAAAUUAAAGAAAGAUCCUGCUAAUCAAGUUUGUUUUGAUUGUUCAAACAAAAAUCCAACUUGGACUUCUAUUCCUUUUGGUAUUUUUUUAUGUUUACAAUGUUCUUCAGUUCAUAGAAAUUUAGGUGUCCAUAUAUCAUUUGUUAAAUCUUCAAACUUAGAUUCAUGGCAAAGAUUACAAUUAAGAAAUUUUAAAUUUGGUGGUAACCAACAUGCUAAAGAUUUUUUUAUUAAAAAUGGUGGUUCUCAAUAUAUAAAUCUGGGUAUUGAUGCAACUACAAAAUAUUCUUCAUCCGUGGCAUUAAGAUAUAAAGAGAAAUUAAAACAAAAAUCUCAACAAGAUGCUUUAAAACAUCCUGAUAUAGUUACAUUGGAUGAUUCAACUGAUAAUUUAUCAUUAACUGACCUGGCAAGUGAAUCAAAUGAUGAUUUUUUUUCAAAUUGGUCAAAACCUGUAAAUUCAUCACCAUCACCAUUAAUAACUCCAAAUCAAUCACAAGAAGAAUUACCAAAGAAAACAGCAAAACCAAUAUUUAAAGGUAAUUCAACUGCCAAAAAGUCAAUAUUAUCAUCAAAAGGAAAUGGUCCAAGAGCUUCAAGAUUGAAAAAACAACCAACUGAAGAAAUUGAUUUUGAAGAAUUUGAAAAAAAAGCAAAACAAGAAGAAGAGGAAGCGAAAAAAUUGGGAUAUAAAGUCGAAGAAGAAGAGAAACCAAAACCAACACCAAAACCAAUAAAAUCAGCACCAUCAAAAGUUAAAGAAGAAGAAGUUAAAGUUUCACCACCUACCCAACAGUUUCAAAAAUUAGGUUUUGGUAUGUCAUAUGGUGAAAAUACGUCAGCAGCAUCAACAAAAAAGAACAUUAAAGAAGUUAAAUAUACUGGUGAAGUUUCAAAUAAAUUUGGUACUCAAAAAGGUAUAUCAUCAGAUGAAUUUUUUGGUAGAGGUCCAAGAUUUGAUGAAAAUGCAAAACAAGAAGCAAAAUCAAAACUACAAGCUUUCAAUGGUGCUCAAAGUAUAUCUUCAUCAUCUUAUUUUGGUGAAGAAGAACAAGUUCAACAGAAUAGAUCAGGGUUAACAGAUAUUGAACAAAGUGCAAGAGAAUUUGCUUCAAGAUUUUCUGGUAAUGCAAAUGAAGAUUUAGAAGUUUUGAAAGAUGCUUUAGAAGAUGGUGCAAAUAAAUUGGGUAAUUAUUUAAGAGAUUUUUUAAGAUAA